AGAGGUUUAAUUAAUUCAGGGUGGAUUGAAGGGAUGUUACCGCCGAGGCUCCAGAGCUGCUGCUGCUGCUGUCGUGCUGCAUGAAGUGAUCGUCUGAGCGGAGAGGACGACUCGGCUGCCGCUGGGAAUCAAACACCCGACGGACCGCGACUCCACAUCCUGGAGCUCACUGGCUCACUCAGACUGGCUGAACAGGGAUGUUACAAGGACUCUCGUACGAGCAGCGAUGCACAGAGGUCAGCAAAGAAGAAACCUUCCAACCUCCGAGUCAUGAGGAGUCCUUCGUUAUAACUCAGAUAUAUAUACAUAUAUCAAUAUUUGGAAUAUUUGGAUCACCUCAGUAAUAUUCAGCACCUGAGCUGGGACCUGUUUUCUUCCUCCACCUCUUCUCACGGGGGCCUCGUUUGUUUUCAACUCGAGGCCGAGAUGUCGUCCCACAGCCUCUUGGCCUCAGUCCCAUUACACAGCUUGACCCAGGGAUAACCCACAGUUCCCCCAGCAGCACCCGAGGCCCGACACAGAGCCCUGCAGAGCCCCUGGCUUCAGGCAGCAUGGGAGACGGGAGCUGGGUGUGUCUGAGCCCAGCGGAGUUCAACCAGCUGCAGCAGUACAGCGAGUACUCAAGCAAGAAGCUGAAGGACGUUCUGGACGAGUUCCACGGGGACGGAGUUCUUUCCAAAUACAACCCAGAGCACAAGCAAGACGUUCUCAGCCAACCCAUCGACUAUGAAGGCUUCCAGCUCUUCAUGGCCACUUACCUGGAGAACGACAUCCCCGAGGAGCUGUGUCAGCACCUCUUCACCUCCUUCAAGAGCAAGACGGGAGGCUGCUCCCCCGAUCCCACUCGAGCCGGGACCAGCUUACUGGUGGCUCGUUCCAUCGACGCAGGCAUCUCUCUUCACACCGAAGUGGCCUGUGCCCCCAUCACAGGUAUGAACGGGAAAAGCAUCCUGUGCGCGAUGGGCCGCUGCACGCCCGAUCACUCCGGCCUGAUGAGCACAACCGGCUCGGGAGCCACCACCUCCCCGUGUUCAUCCCGCUCCUCCUCGCAGCGUUCAGGGACAGGGGGCCACACGUCCGGGGGCCACACGCCCAGCGGCCCCCAACGAUCGCCCUGCGGCCAUGUCAAGACCUCAGAGGGCUGCAGCAGCAACGUCCUGACCCCCAACGCUGGACCCGCCAGGUCGCCAGUGUCCCCCAAACUUUCACCAGAGAGGAGCCACUCUGAGAAGCACUUCUCUCUGCGGAGGAGCCCCUCGCCCCAGACCGGCUCUGUCGCCCUGCCGUCGCCCCAGGUGGUCUUUCUCAAGGACAUCGUCUGCUACCUGUCCCUGCUGGAGAGGGGGACGCCGGAGGACAAGCUGGAGUUCAUGUUCCGGCUGUACGACACAGACGGCAACGGGGUCCUGGACAGCUCGGAGUUGGAUCGCAUCAUCAAUCAGAUGGUGCAUGUGGCCGAAUAUCUGGAGUGGGAUUCUACGGAGCUGCGACCGAUUCUGAAGGAGAUGAUGGAAGAAAUCGACUACGACCGAGACGGGACAGUGACGCUGGAGGAGUGGAUCAGAGGAGGCCUCACAACCAUCCCUCUACUGGUCCUGCUGGGCAUGGAUACGAACGUGCAGGAGGACGGGCAGCACGUCUGGCGUCUGAAGCACUUCAACAAACCGGCGUACUGUAACUACUGCCACACCAUGCUGCUCGGGGUCCGCAAGCAGGGCCUCUGCUGCUCCUUAUGCAAGUACACGGUGCACGAACGCUGCGUGUCCAAAGACAUCGCCGCCUGCAUCAGCACCUACGCCAAGUCUCGCAGAAACACCAACGCUAUGCAGCACGUGUGGAUGGAGGGAAACUCUCCCACAAAGUGCGACCGCUGUCACAGGAGCAUCAAGUGUUACCAGGGCCUGACGGGCCUGCACUGCGUCUGGUGUCAGAUCACUCUCCACAAUAAGUGUGCGUCUAAUGUGAAGCCCGAGUGUGAUGGAGGAGGCCUGAGGGACCACACGCUGCUGCCCUCGUACAUCUGCCCGGUCGUCUUGGAUCGUCACUCUGUGGUGAAGCGUGGCGAGGGGGAGUCUCCGCCCAGCACCAGCCCCGACGACACCAACCAGACGUUCAAAUUCUCCCCCGGCGACGGACAAGCGCUGCAGGUCACUCCUCUCCCAGGUACUCACCCGCUCCUCGUCCUCGUCAACCCCAAGAGCGGAGGGAGGCAGGGGGAGCGGGUGCUGAGGAAGUUCAGGUACCUGCUGAACCCCCGGCAGGUUUACAGUCUGGAGCGAGAGGGCCCGAUGGUCGGGCUGAACUUUUUCCACGAUGUCCCUGAUUUCCGGGUGCUGGCUUGUGGAGGCGACGGCACCGUGGGCUGGAUCCUCGACUGCAUAGACAAAGCCAACUUUGCCAGGCACCCUCCGGUGGCCAUCCUCCCUCUGGGCACCGGGAACGACCUGGCUCGCUGCUUACGUUGGGGAGGAGGUUACGAAGGCGGCAGUUUGCUGAAGUUCCUGCGGGACAUCGAACACAGCACAGAUAUGGUGCUGGACCGCUGGAACAUCGAUAUCGUCCCCGACGACAAGGAGGAGAAGGGAGACCCCGUCCCCUACAGCAUCGUCAACAACUACUUCUCUAUCGGCGUGGACGCCUCCAUCGCUCAUCGCUUUCAUCUGAUGCGGGAAAAGCACCCGGAGAAGUUCAACAGCAGAAUGAAGAACAAGCUGUGGUACUUUGAGUUUGGCACCACUGAGACCAUCUCUGCCACCUGCAAGAAGCUGAACGAGUGCAUAGAAGUGGAGUGCGACGGGAUCAUCCUGGACCUCAGCAACACCUCCUUAGAGGGCAUCGGCGUGCUCAACAUUCCCAGCAUGCACGGCGGCUCCAACCUGUGGGGCGAGACGAAGAAGAGGAGGCACUACAACCGCAUGAGCAAGAAGGUUCCUGAGCGGAUGCCGUCCAGCACCGUCACAGACGCCAAGGAGCUGAAGUUUUGCAUGCAAGACUUCAGCGACCAGCUGCUGGAGGUGGUCGGCCUGGAGGGGGCGAUCGAGAUGGGACAGAUCUACACGGGCCUGAAGAGCGCCGGACGCAGACUGGCUCAGUGUGCCAGCGUCACCAUCAGGACGUCCCGGCGGCUGCCCAUGCAGAUUGAUGGCGAGCCCUGGAUGCAGCCCCCCUGCACGAUCAGGAUCACACACAAGAACCAGGUCCCCAUUUUACUGGGCCCGCCGCAGAAGACGCCGUUCUUCUUCUUCAAGAAACGCCGCGACUAGGACCCGUGCAUGCACGCGCCAGAAACACACACAUUUUACAAAACAUAUGCACACACACACACACACACACACACACACACACACACACACACACACACACACACACACACACACACACACACACACACACACACACACACACACACAUCAGACGACUGGUUGGGAAUUCAAAUUACAGGAAGCGGAGCGUUCCGAAAGUCUGGAUGCCAACAGACAACUUGCAGUGACGGCACCUGAAAUGAAAAGACUCCAUACACGGCACCGACCUAUUCCUGUGUAACCAUCAUCCAGACAUGGAUUCAAGCCCCCCCCCCCUGCCCAGAAAUUAGCCAUACACCAGUUCUGCACUGCCUGUCGGACACAACCUUGGCCAGAGCGACCGGUGAGGAGCAGCAGGUCGUACGAUGAGCUCCUGAAACACUACGAGGAGACAGAGAGAUGUAAUGAGAGCAGACGUGGAUGUUUACAAGGCCGGCGAGUAAAUAGAGUGAGAGCCCGGCUCUCGGUUCAAAACACCUGUAUGAAUAAUGAAAGAGUGGUUUCUUGUAAGAGCGCUCGCACCAGGGACUGACGACAGGGUACAGCCGAGCGGAGGAGAGGGAGGCCUCAUCCAUUAUUGACUCAUUUUGUUUGUGGGUUGACGGUACUGGGGCGUAACAGUGGCCUGGAAACAUAUAGGGAUGAUUUUAUCCCCUUGGCGUCACUGGCCUACAAAAUAAAACACCCUUUAAACAAUAUUCACAGACUCUGCAGAUGAUCUGGAUUCCGGAGGAAGCGCCGGUCCAGUUAUCGCUUCAUAAAUUGACCCGGGUGGAGAUUGAAAGUAGAGAUUGGAGCUCGUCCUCGAACUCAUUUUGUCCUGCGAGGUUGUCGCUGCGCUCAAACGCAAACCGUCCACGGCGAAUUGAGCAGGACGCUUCCAGUGGGUCAGGGAUUGAAAUAAAUCCCAUCAAGGGUACACGAGCAGGGCCCCCGCGGUUUUUAUUUACGGCAGCACUGACAGGGGGAACUAAAUUUAUCCCUCUCCUCCAGUGAAACCCAACGCCUAAUUACCGUGUCAGACACCGAGUCACAAUGUCAAGUGUGCUGUCACAGUGCAAAUCCCAGAGCCUGCCCCUGCUGGAGGGUGGCGGGCGGCUUUAACGCCAUCACCAUUUCUUCAUCUGCCAAAUAAAGACGAGACGUCACCGAGGGAAACGGACCAAAACGGGAGGAAUCGUGGUUUCAUCGCAGAAGGUGGAAGACACUGUUGAGUUCAGUGUUUUAUAAAGAAUGUGUCCAUGUCCUUACAAACAUGAGUGUAUUCCGCGGUAUGUGCAGACAGAGGUUAUGUAUAUUUCUGGGAAGUAGAUGUAGCUCAAAUAUUCUGUACACACAGUUGUGUAUAUCAUUGUUGUUAACGUGGAUCUUUUAGAUUAGAGGGGUUCAGGUCCGUCAGGGACGCUCACGUCUGAAGACAGUUUUCCACGUUGUCUCGUUUGCAUCAGAUUAGAUUUGAAUCAACGAGGUCGUCUUCUCCUCUGUGUGGUUUUUCAUGGUUUCUGGGAAAAAUUAAAAAACAACAAAAUAAUCUCAAGUCAGGGUCCAAUCACAAGCUUUUAAUGACAACAUGUGAUCUGCAUCAGCAACUCGUCAAGUUUGAACUAAUUGAUUUUUAAAUGAUAAAUAGUUGCAAAUAGUCUCAAACAUCCAGUAUGUCAGUUUGUUUUUGCAAGUUAUGACUUAAAGUUAGAUCAUAAAACUUGAGUUGACAUUAUUGAUGCUGUGUGGAGCCGCAAAUGGUUAAAAUGAAUAUAUCUGAUCCAUAAAUCUACUACAUUUAUUAUAGAACUGUAGAAUUCCCCAUUGAGUACAUUACAUGUCUUGAUAACAGUUAUAUAUAAAUAAAUAAACAUAUCAGUGCAAACACCCAGUAUCAGUUAAUUGGUUUUUUUUGUAAACUAUAAAAAAAACAAGACAUCAAUUUUAUUUCUAGAACUUAAGUUGACUGAAGACAUGUUGAAAUUCAGAAAAUCUACAUUUCAUGUGAGUCGGACGUUUGUGGAAAACUGUCGCCCUGCUUGGAUCAUAUGUAUUAAUGUGGCAGGGCAGAGUGAGACGGGGUGAGACGGGUGAGACAGGGUGAGACGGGGUGAGACAGGUGAGACGGGGUGAGACGGGUGAGACAGGUGAGACGGGGUGAGACGGGUGAGACGCUCUGACGGGACGAACUGAACCUCGCUGAUAUGCAGGGUCGGGCUGCGAUGCCUUUACACCCUGACUCCCUUUAAAUCCCACUGAGUGGACCCUCUCUCUCCCAGGCUCCAUGGAAACACACAGCUCGUCCCCACACGGGAUGGAGUUCAGGUUAGAUGAAGCCAUUCAACACAAGUGGCAUUAAUUUAAAUCUACUGAAACACUGUGGGAACAUCCUCCUCCUCCUUUACCGACGGAGCCUGGGCGUCCAGAGGCCCCGGUGGUGACAGAGUGCAUGUUUACAGUAGCUCUACAUUUACCGAACGAAUGGUUUUAGACAGUUCUAUAUUACCGAUGUGUAUAUAUUUGUUUAUAAUAUUUUAUCUGAAGUUAACUUACAUCACCGCAUGCCUGCUGAAACAAAAGGAGAGUGAACAAACGGAGAGUGUGGAUCUGAUUAUUCUGAAAACUAUUCUGAAACUUAAAAAUUCACCGUAUCUGAUGUGUUUCCUUGUGAUUUUCAUUCUUUUUACUUUAUUUUGAGGGAUAAAGAAAGUAGAAUUACCACAUGAA